AUGGUGACCAGUGAGGGAAAUCACACUUCUGUUGCUACAUUUGUCCUCUUAGGUUUCACAGAUUACCCAGACCUUCAGUUGCCUCUCUUCCUGAUAUUCUUGAUCAUAUAUUUUAUAACUGUGGUGGGAAAUCUGGGAAUGAUUGGCAUCAUUCGAAUCAACCCCAAACUUCACACCCCUAUGUACUUUUUCCUCAGCCACUUGUCCUUUGUGGAUUUCUGUUAUUCCUCCAUCAUUGCUCCCAAGAUGUUGGUGGAUUUACUCAUAGAAGACAGAAGCAUCUCCUUCUCUGGCUGUUUGGUUCAAUUUUCAUUCUUUUGUACCUUUGUGGUGACUGAGGCUUUCCUGCUAGCAGUAAUGGCUUAUGAUCGCUUUGUGGCUAUUUGCAAUCCUUUGUUGUACACAGUUGUCAUGUCCCAGAAGCUUUGUACCCUGUUGGUGGCAGGAUCCUACUCAUGGGGUAUGGUCUGUUCCCUCCUACUCACAUGUUAUGCUGUCCAAUUAUCAUUUUAUGGAUCUAACACAAUUAAUCACUUUUUCUGUGAAUUCUCAUCUCUGCUGACUCUCUCUUGUUCUGAUACACAUUUCAAUCAGAUGCUGCUUUUCAUCUCUGCCACCUUUAAUGGUUUGAGUACACUUUUGAUUAUCCUGGCCUCUUAUGUAUUCAUUUUUGUCACUGUCCUGAAGAUGAAUUCAUCUAGUGGAAGACGUAAAGCCUUCUCUACAUGUGCCUCUCAUCUGAUGGCCAUCACUAUCUUCCAUGGGACUAUUCUUGUCCUUUAUUGUGUGCCCAACUCCAAAAACUCUCAGCUUAUGUUCAAAGUAGCUUCUGUGUUUUAUACAGUGGUAAUCCCCAUGCUAAAUCCCCUAAUCUACAGCCUUAGGAACAAAGAGGUAAAAGAAACUGUCCUCAAGUUAAUGGAUAUUAACAUCAAGUUAAGGGACAUUCUCCAUGUGCACAUUAACAGUUAA